AUGGUAGACAUUGCGUCAAUCGUCGUCGCAGUCAUCUCUCUCAUCGCCUCCGUGGCGGUGGCUGGAUUCAGUGCAUACCUGAACUACUCCACGGACAAGCGAAAAGCACGCCGGGAAGCCGAGCAUCUCCUGCAGAAAUAUCGUGAUCCCCUUCUGUUUGCCGCGGAGGACUUGCAGUCUCGCAUCUGGGGCAUCUUCGAGGCCGAUGUCCUCGAUUUUGCCGGGCGGUCCCCACAGCACGAUGACUCGCUGUAUAUUUACACCGCCUUUGUGCUGGGCCAAUUCUUUGCCUGGACGCACAUCCUCAGGCGCCAAGCGCAGCUGCUUCCGUUCUCUCUGGAAGAGGACAAGCGUCUGAGGGAGUUCAUUGAGGUUUUGCAUUCAAUCCAGGGUGUCAUGUUGAUCAGCCGAUAUGUCAAAGAGGAAGGCACAGCCUUCACUCUCUGGCGCGGCCACCAGAUGGCAAUUGGAGAGCUGAUGACAGAGGUGGGAGACAAUUCGGAGAAAAUGUGCAUGGGAUUCUACGACUUCACCAAAGCUUGGAAGGCCAGCCCAGGUGAUGCCCAGUAUGAUCCGCACUACUGGUUCAAACCGAUUGUCGAAGGGCUAAAGACCUUGACGGAGAAAGGGACAACGACGCCCACAGGGAAUAGACUCAGGCGUCUGCAGCACCUUCUGAUCGAUUUGAUCGAAGUAUUGGACCCGCAAAAGCAGCGGCUGCACAGCAAAGGAAUAUCGCGAUGUGGAGCGGCGCCACACUGCCCUUGCUCGAAGUGUCCCGGAGAGGUCGGGGUUCGUGAUACAACAGGCGCGAGGACAUCACCACACUCUCUCUGGAGCCGGAGAACGAGCGAAACAGUUUGA